AUGGAGACUAAUCUUAUUAAGACAGAGUUGGAGAAGCUUGCAGAAGAGAAGAAAACUCUUGAAAAGGUCACUGGUAAUCCAGAUGGCACAAUUCAUAAGGCGGUAACAGGCAUGGAUAAUCUGUUUAAUGAGCAUAUCCAAAAUCCGCUUAUCAAUGCGGUCGGUGCAGUUGAUUCGGCGAUUGGGAAGCUUGGCGGGACGUUUGAUAAAAUCCAAGACGGCAAAAGUAUUGCGGGCAUUUUCCAAAAUAUUAAAGAUAAGGUCGGGGAGAUUAAGGGGACACCGAAGAAAGGUAGGACUAAUGGCAAAGGUCUGGAGGGAAUUAUCAGUGGACUGCAGAAUUAUGCUAGGGUGAUUGGCGAAAAUGUGGGUAAGACGAAUGGAGGAACUGUGAGCGGCUGGGUGAAAAAGAUUGUUAAUGAGAAUGUGUUGGUUAAUUCGUGGAUUGAUGAGUAUGUCACGGAAAACGGGAAUAAUUUUAAAGAUAGGACAUUGAGUAAGGAUAAUGAAAAGACUAAAGCAGUGAAAACUGCCAUACAGAGUAGGAUUCAACUUCAGUUUAACGGCGUUGAUGAAAAUAAAAAACCAAAGGGCCUAAAUGGGGUUGCUGGAACUUUGGCGGAGAUUCAUAAGUUUCAUAAUGCCGUCUCCGAGCAGAUUAAGGAAUGUCUUGAUCCGAGUGAAGCAGAAAAUAUUGUCAACCAGGUUCAGAAAAACAGAGAGGUAUUCAACGGUUCUGCGACCGACACAAGCAAAUAUCUCCGAGGCGCAAUCGAGUCCAUCCUCGCACAGCUCCCGGUGCUUAUCAAAAAUUCGGGAGACGAAAUCAACACAUUCGCCGACAGCAACGCAGGACUUGGCAAGUUGGACGACAUUCUUCGACAAACUAAUGAUAUUUUUAAUCAGCUUACCGCGGCGACUACCCUCAGCCAACAUCCACCCCACGGCCAAGAUGAAAGCCCCGCCCAAGCCGUGGACAGAACGUUGCAGGCGGUGAGGAAUAUGGUGAGUGGACAGGAUGAUGAUAAUAUUACCAAAAGGUUUACUGACCACGUCAAAAAGCCACUUGAGACCGAGGUACAGAAACUUCCCGCCGCCGUUGGAGAGUUCAACUCUACCGCCGAACAACAGAUCAAGGAGGCCGCCAGGACGGCGAUCAACAAGGCGGCUGGGGAAAUUAGUGAUAAAUCGAGUGGUCCAAUUGAGCUUGGUGGUGCAAAUAAACUCAUGGAAGGAUUCAAAACCGCGCACGAUAAUAUUCAAGAGAAUCUCGAAAAGAACCUCAAAGGCAAAGUGGACGCUGAGUUGCCGGAUGAUAAGCCGGUUGGAUCGACUGGCACAGUUGUUCAACCAGAUAAAAUCACCAUUACUAAAGAUAAUUUUAAGGAUUACAAUUCGCACGUUGAGCAAGAUAGCAUCAAGGGCUAUGAGACCAAUAAUCCAGAUACCCUAAAAGGCCAACUUCCCGAGAAGAUCAAGAGCAUUAGCAAGGAGGGUCUGAAAAGUCUCACUGAUGUCAUCGAUGAUAAAGUUCAGGGCGAUCAGAAAAUUGACAAUACAACCUUCGAAAAUCCAGUCAAAGCAAUAAGUAAGGAUCUUGAUGAAAUCGCCUGGCUUGUUGAUAGGAGUCGGGGCAAGGCGCCGUCGCUGCCCCAACCACAACCAAAAGAUGAAGAUGGCAUCAAGGAUCACUUGACAAAAUUGAAAAACGCUCUUGAGCAGACAGGAUUUAAUGGCGUAGAUAAACAAGGCCUUGACGCAACUAAAACGGCGAUUGAAGGUCUGCAUAACAAUCAGUUUAAACAACAACCCGCUGCAAUCGACACAGCCGUCCAAGAAAUUAAAGGGGAGCUUGGAGAGCUUAGAGAGAAGUUGCAAGCUAAAAAUGGCCAGCCGGGAAAUGAUGUAAUUAAUACGUUGAAAGAUUUGAAGACUGCCGGUGUAGAAGGUAAAAAUUCUUGGACAUCGAAUGGUAAAUCUCUCAGUGGUCUUGGGGAAAUCCAGGAUGACCUUCAAGAGCAGAAUGAUCUAUUUUCCCAGCAAUACUGGAACAUUCCCGCAGACGUCAAAGCAAUCAGGUUGGAGAUGACAACACCUCAAAAUAAGUUGUACGGUGAAAAGGAAAAUAAAAUCAUCGGUGCCUUCAACGAUUUGAAGAGCACGGAUCUUGGUGAUAAAUAUUGUAAAAAAAAAUUUAACUGCAAAAGGGCUUGGAAAAAUCAAUAA